GUGGUGCAGAGCUAUAACAGGGUGAAAAACACUGAGGCAAAGUUACCAUUAAAGGGGUGAACAAGGCACUAGGACCUAGGAGAAGUCUCAUCCACCCUGGCAGGAAUUUCUUGCUUGGAGCUCAGACAACAAAGGCAGAGUGAGACUGGUUUUCUUUCUCUCAGCAUCUCCACCCUACGAGCUGAAAACCGCUUCAGAUCUUUAGGGUUCACCAAACUAUGGAACUUGAUUUUGGACACUUUGACGAAAGAGAUAAGACGUCCAGAAACAUGCGAGGCUCACGUAUGAAUGGAUUGCCCAGCCCCACUCACAGUGCUCACUGUAGCUUCUACCGAACCAGGACCUUACAGGCACUGAGUAAUGAGAAGAAAGCAAAGAAGGUGCGUUUCUAUCGCAAUGGGGACCGCUACUUCAAGGGGAUUGUGUAUGCCGUGUCCUCCGACCGCUUCCGAAGCUUUGAUGCUUUGCUGGCUGACCUGACCCGUUCUCUGUCUGAUAACAUUAACCUGCCUCAGGGAGUUCGCUACAUCUACACCAUUGAUGGGACCAGAAAGAUUGGGAGCAUGGAUGAACUGGAAGAAGGGGAAAGCUAUGUCUGUUCAUCUGACAACUUUUUCAAGAAGGUGGAGUAUACCAAGAAUGUCAAUCCCAACUGGUCCGUCAAUGUGAAGACUUCGGCCAACCUGAAAGCACCUCAGUCUCUGGCCAGCAGCAACAGUGCCCAGGCAAGGGAGAACAAGGAUUUUGUGCGUCCCAAGCUGGUGACCAUCAUCCGCAGUGGGGUGAAGCCCCGAAAGGCUGUUCGCGUGCUCCUGAACAAGAAGACUGCACAUUCAUUUGAGCAAGUUCUCACUGAUAUCACUGAAGCUAUAAAACUGGAGACGGGUGUGGUCAAAAAGUUGUAUACCCUGGAUGGGAAACAGGUGACCUGUCUCCACGAUUUCUUUGGGGAUGAUGAUGUAUUUAUUGCCUGUGGUCCGGAAAAAUUCCGCUAUGCACAGGAUGACUUUUCUCUGGAUGAAAAUGAGUGCCGUGUAAUGAAAGGGAAUCCUCCGACCACUCCAGGCAGCAAGUCAUCCCCAACCCCUCAGAAGAGCUCAGCAAAAAGUCCAGCCCCCAUGCGCCGGAGCAAGUCUCCAGCCGAUUCAGGUAACCAUCAAGAUGCAAAUGGAACAUCAAGCAGUCAGCUGUCUACACCCAAAUCCAAGCAGUCUCCAAUCUCCACACCUACCAGUCCAGGGAGCCUCCGUAAGCACAAGGUAGACUUGUACCUGCCUCUGUCCUUGGAUGACUCUGAUUCCCUUGGAGAUUCCAUGUAAAGGAACACAAUGCUAAUUGUCCGUAGUACAAGCUAUGUUUAAGAUACAGUACAAUACUUCUGCCAAAAGAAGCAGAUAGGUGACUGGUACUUUCAAAUCAAAGGACACAAAGUUAUAUGUCAUUUUUUUUCUGUGAUUUUUCCUCCGUGCCACAAAUCGACACCUGUCAACUAAUAGGGAUAGAGUGAUACCAUGCUUCUGAAUAAUUAUAUAGAGAUGCGAAAUGGGCAUUGCCAGCAAUCUGACGCCAGUUAUCUCAUGCAUUUCCCCUUUACUUCAGUGCUUUUCUUCUGCUCUGAGUUCUUGAGUUUACUAUUAACUGCAGAAAAGUUGAUAGUCCCACUAGAACUACAUAAAUAAAUCUUUCGCUGAUCAGUUCUAAAACUAAAAGAAAACAAAUACUAAUCUCCACCUUUGCAAAAUGCUGAUGAAUGCUAGCAGCUCUUUGAAAGCAGAUCUGCUUCUAAUUUUGCAUCCCUGGUUUUAGCACCUGAAUGCUGUCUAGCACCAAUUUCUGUUGCUGAAGGGUGGGGAGAGAGAUGACUUAUUGCUCUGGUAAAAGAUGCUUAAGAUGCCAGCAGAAUGUGAAACACAGGAGUUUAGACAAGAUUCAGAAAUGCUGCAUAAAAUGCUAAGUAAAGUUUUUAUAGCACAGUGAUUACAUGAUAAAUGUACAUAUUGGGUCAUUUUCUAAUAACUAAGCAAAGAUAUAUAUAUAUGUCAGCUGAGUGGUGAACCCGGUUUCUCAUGUAACCCAAAGAUAAUGCUGGCUGAUAUCAAGUUAUUAUACCUGCCAUAUGGUAUCUCUCUAUCUCUGCUUAUAAUAUUAAUGCCUUGUGAACAGCCAACACUGAAAACACUGUGAGAAUUUGUUUUCAGGUCUGACACCUUUAGGUCGCUUUUUGUAGCAAGAAACCAAUACACUUUUUAUAAAAAAAGAACAAAAAAACUUGUAUCUGUGUUUUGGGAGUAAGUAUUCAAGCUCCUUUUUUAUAAAAGCUGGUGAUUUUCUUUUGUUUAAAAAACACAUUCAGAAAAAUUUACAAAAAAAAAAAAAGAAAAGCCAAUUGCAAAACAGUAAUAACUGUGUUUAGGAAUCAUGUCAUCACUGCCAAACAGAAGAGAAGUCAAUUCAAAAUAAUAAUGAAUGUUUUGAUAGUUUUCUUGUAAUGUUUAAACUUGCAUUUUUGGUUUAUACAAUUCAAUACCCCUAACUAUGGCCAAAUGCUCUAAUUAUAUUACAAAUGGAAUUUUGUGAUAUUCAAAGACCGUAUUUUAAGAAACUCAUAUCGGAGGGAAAACAAACUGGUAUGGAAUUUAGAGAAACCUUUCACUUUUACUAAUCACUAAUGACUCCUGCAGGAUGCAAAGUUCAUGUAUUUACAAAAUGCUGGUGGUUUUUACUAUGCUUAGGCUUUACUGGCACAGGUUAGUUCUUUCAGUGAACCUGACUACUACAAAACUUUAUCUGGGUACAGUACAUGCAAACAAACCUUUUGUUGUUGUGGUUUUGCUUUUAUUUUUACUUUGUUUCAGCAGAUAUGCAGAUUUUUUUUAUGUCCUUGCAAUCCUCAGUCAUUAGAAUGAACUAUGAAGUUGUGAUGUUGGAUGCUACUCGAAUGCUUGGCAAUAGGAUGACACCAUUUUGUUUCUUCAUUUGUGCCAGGGUGCCAUUCCAUGUUUUUCGUUUUUUCCGUUGCUACCAUUAACACUCUGUACUGGCUGUAUCUUUUUUGAUGAUGUGUAUAAUGCAAGGUGUUUUUUAAAAAAAAGAAGGAGAAAAAAGAGCCGCGUGUGAGAUGAUCCAAAACAAACGUUGGAGUUACCCAGAGGCUUGAGUUAUUUUGCACCAAAUUUGCACCUACAAUAUUGAGCCCACAAUUAUUUGCACCCACAAUGUUGCAUGAGAAAUCAUUUCAUUCCCAUGAAAAAUGUAAUUUAAAUGUGUAACCCUCUGACCACUUCGGGGUUAAGUGCCCAUUUGACCUAUUGUAUUAAGAUAUUUUACUUCAAUUCAGAUGCACGAGGGUUCAUGUUCUUUCUUGGUUAAAGCUUCUUGUUGGGGAAGGACAGUUUUGUGAACAAAACACAGGAGUGUUGUCAGGCGAUCUUAGUUCAGCUCUUGGCUCUGCCAGAUUUGGUGUAUGAACUGGAGCAGGUCUCUUAGUUUCUUGGUGCCUCAAUAUAUUUAUCUGUAAAAUGAAGAUAACAACUGCUCUAUUUGACAGGGGCUUGUGAGGCCGAAUGUCCAUUAAUGUUUGUGAAGUGCUUUCAGGCCCACUGAUGGAAGGUGCUACAUAACUGCAAGGUUUUACUGUUUGUGGACACAAGCCUGGUUAUUUUAGGGGCUGAUGGUUGCGUGUAUGAUCAAUUGGAUGCUAUAUUAGAGACCAUUCUUGAAAAUAUGGCUCUUUAAGUAUAAAGGCAUCAUAGAACAAAUUAUUUAUGCCAACAAUACUACUGACUACAGCCUGUAUUAUACUGAGAAGUCAAAUUUACCUUUGGCACAAUGGAAACUGGCUUCCUCUUAUCUUCUCUGGCAGGAAUCUUGAAGAUCCCCAGUUUUCCCCCAGGGCCUUUCUAAAGGCUCUAAAUGGUAGCCACCAUCCUAUCUGUUAAAGAUGACUGAGCAGUUCUGCAGUGACAAUGAUGCUUCUUAAUGAGGCAGAGGAGUGGUCACUUGAGUGACACAAUAUGUUCCCACCCCAUCCAUGGUCUGAGUGUCUUGCCACUCAUCUCCCAAUCCCUGUCAGUUUAGGUGGCAAGAGACUAGCACUGAAAAGUAAAUCUGGGACUUCCUUAUAGCAGUUCAGAACACUUAUCAAUAGCUCACUGGGAAAUCCAAGUUUCUUAUACCCAUAAGGAGAUAUGAGUCAUAUUACUGACAGCACUACUGUACGGUGCUUAGAGAUGCGUCAGAAAACUCAGUUUCUCUUCUCCAGGAUCUGUCAAAAUCAGUUUGCAUGAGACAAAGCAGGAACCCAAAAACUGAAUGGAACUUUGGACAACCUACUAUAUGGGUAGCUUAAGCAGAAGUAGAUAGGUUUCCAUCUGUCAUGAACAGUGCUUAGAUAAUUCAAAAACAAAAUCAAAAAACCCUGCUAGUGGAACUUUCUAAAGAACUGUUACGGGCGUUCUUUGUGAAUUGCACUUAAAGUGACAUGUCUGAGAACUUGAUCCUGCAAAUACUCACUCAUGGGAGGAGUUUUCCAUGCUCAAGGACUACUCACAUGAGGAAGGGUUCUUCGGGACCAAGCCUGAUGAUUGUUUUUGAGCACACACUGCCUCAGCAAGGGAAUUUACAAAGGCCUAAUAGAAGAAAGCAUUUUUUUCAGAGGGAAAAUAAUAGCCAUUCAGUUGAGCAAAAGCCACAAGUAACACAGGGUAAGAGGUCACACUCCCAGGUUUAAGAUGCAUUUCUCCAGGUAGAGAUACCUGGACUAUAGGUAGAGAUCAGUGAGCAUUUCAGAGGUAACACAUAGUCUGUAUGAAUGCUGAUAUUACAUGAGUACUUGUACAGAAAUGCAUGUGGAAUAGCGUCCAUAUGAUGCUAGGCUCUUUCCAGGAUCCCUGGAAUAUAAAAAGAAAAGAAUUAUAGACAGUAUACUAGUAAUUUCAAUAUAUGGAUGGCCCUGAUUCAGGAAAGCAUGUAUGCAUGUGCUUAUUUAUAAACAUGUGCUUAAAUUCCAUUUACUUCAGUGGGACUUAAGCACAUGCUUAAGUGCUGUUCUGAAUUGUGAUGAAUUAUGAAUUACUUGUAGCAUACUACUGCAGCAAUUCCAGUCAAAUUGAGUUACUUGGAACAGACUAUAGUAAUGCCAUGAAAAACUUCAGCAUUCACUUCUAAUUUUUUUCUUCUUUUAUAAACACACAAAACUCCUCAGGAUAUAAGGAUUUGCCAUAUUCUAUUAUAAAAGUGCUGUCUGAUUUCCCAUAUGAGGCUGUUUUAAGUGUUUUCAGAGACAGGGUCACUAUGACUGCAUUGUUUAAAAACGAUAUAUGAAGGAAUCGUAAGCAUUGUGUGUUACAUAGCUCUAUCUGUAAUUUACACUGUGCCUGGUCUAUUUCAGUGUCUAUACAUAUUAAGCAGUAUGAAUGCAUAUGUCAAGGCAUAUCCACAUUAAGGAGGAUGUGAGCAAUGUCAGUGGCAGUUUUGUGUGUAGAAGAUCAGGCCCACAGGGUACUGCAUCAAAUUAUAGAUCCUUCUGAAACUUUUUGUUAAUAUCUGAUCCUAAAGUGUAUGGACCAGCCACUCUGCUAGUGUGAAUUGUGCAGCUUCACCAGCUCUACCACCAGAGCAGCUAAUCUAGUCUCCGAUUUACGUGCAUGAAACCCCUAAGAUAGACUUUAAAGAUUUCAGUGACUUGGUUUUAAUUUGGCACAGUUUUUGUGAUGGGAUGUCAGACUUCCUUCUGUCCUAAAAGUGUCUACAUUCCUAAUCUCUGUACAGUGAGUGUUGCCUUUUCCAGGGCUAGGAAAUCUAACUGUGUUACACUCUGUGAAAUCAUAAAAAUUAGUUUAGCUCAGCUGCCACAUCACUCUUUCACUGUGAUCUGUGUGUCUCUCACAAACACACACUGGUUGUGGUUUAGCCUUGUUUCAGUCUUACAAUUUU